AUGUCGUAUAUUGAGCCACCCACGCUCACCAACAUUCGAAAGCGCAAGCGCUCAGUCCGGUCGGCGUCGGUGGCGUCCAGUGUCGUCUCCCAUCUGCCGCGCGAUGCCAUUGAUCCGCACAGCUACGGCCCGUCUGCGCGGCGACAGCUCGUCGUCGCCGGCCUGACCCACUCAGAUCGUCUGCCGUCCGACUAUGUCGAAGGUUUCCCCCACCGGCCGCUGCCAGAUGGUGUCGGUGGCGACGCAGUGGACGAUGCCAAGGGGGACAAAGACAAGCAUGGGUUUGGAUCUGGAUUCGGGUUUGACGGUGACGGCAGCAACGACGAGGACGACAAUGACACAGACUCGGACAAUGACACUGAAAACGAAAACGGUUCCAUCCAUUCCGAUGCGGGCCUGUACGACACGACAGAGGACGACGACGACGGUGGCGGCGGCGGCGGCGGCGGCGGCGAUCCAGCUGAAAACGCAGCACGCCUUGCCGUCAAGCAGCGCCGGCUCCGUCGUCGUGAGGCCCGCCGCCGCCGCAAUGCACUCCGCAUGCAGCGUGCCUACGACCACAACGUGGGCGUGCUGGCGACAAUCGUGCAGCGGGGACUGCAGGAGGCCGCGCACGGCACGCUGCCGGGCGUGUCGACGGCCACGGGCGAAGCAGGCCAGCUGGCGGCGCCGAUUGGGCUGGCUCGGGCCAAGCGCGCAUUUGGGCUGCUUUUGCGCACAGACGUCAAGGGCCGGCGCGUGGAUCUGCGCAAGAACGAUAUGUGGGCCAUGGGCGCCGAGCUUCUCAUGCGGGAGGGCGAAGACGAGGGCGAAGACGAAGGCGACAAGGGACGUCCUCGUCGCUGGGGCUCAGCGGCCAAUAUGCCGCGUGUUCGUGCUUUCUACGAGGACUUGAUCCAGCAGCACCCUUACAACCGGCUGUUUCCACGGUCUGUGAACGCGCUGACGUUUUGGCCGGCACUGGCUGGCACCGAGCUGUACAACAUCCACACAGAGGUGCAGCUGGCGAAUGAGCGCCUGGAUGCCAAGGCGAAGCAGAGACGGAAGACGAGAGAGACGAGAGAAAGGGCGGCGCACGGCGACGGCGAGGAUGGCAGCAGCUCUGAAGACGCUUCGCAUUCGACGUCGGACUCGGACGCGGACGCCAGCCAUGACAGCGACAGUCCAGACGCAAACAGCAACGACAGCGAUGGCCACAGGCGUCGCCGUCGGCGCAACCAUCCCGACCGGCUGGCGCGCGAAGACGUCCGGCAUGCCGCUCUCGAGCAGCUCCGCGACCUGGCCCGCCGCAUGGAUGCCAUCAUGGCCGGCCCGCCGUAUGCCACAAGUCCAGAAAUGCUGCGGCUGCGCGGCAUGGUGGCGCUCUAUAUGGGCGACCUGGCCAUUGUAACGCCGCCACGAACGCAGCCGGAGACGCAAGAGGGCGAGCGCGUCCGUGCCCAAGAACAGUCGCGUGCGCGUGCUCGCUUUGCGCGGCUGCUCGAAGUGGACCGAGAUGUGCAGUCCGGGCGGCAGCACAAGCGUGGAGGUGUGCCGGAUACGGUGGUGGAUGCGUACAUUCAAAGUCUGGCGCGAGGCGGAGGCGACGUCCAUGGCCACCAUAGCAGCAGCGAAGAGGACGACGACGACACGCCGACGGCACUUCUGCCUUUUGGCGUGGCACCGGCGCUGGCGCUGCUGGUCGCCGUUGGUGUGGCAGCAGACGCUGCACCUGGGACACCCGGCGCACCUGACACGACAGACGACUCGCGGUCGCUGCCGUCGCCGUCCCGAGCCACGGCACCCAGCAGUCCCGGACCGUUGGCGGCGUCUCUAAGCCGACGUCCUCCUGGGUUGUUGGUGCCGAUCGUACCGCUGCUGUUGGUGUUCCCGCCGUUUCCUAUAGGUCGCUUCCUAGGCACGACAAUCCGCAUCCACGGCGGGCGUGGUACCGGCCCCUCAUCCAGCUCGGCCCCGCCUGGCCGCGCCCCCUGGCGCUCGCGCCGAUAG